AUGCCAUUCGAUUUGCCGAUUUUGCGGAUAGGGCUUUAUGGAGCACUGACCCUCUUCUCCUUCAUCUUGUUCUGUCUCUGCGCCGCAAGACUGAACUACACAACCCACCUCCCACCAAGUGAUACCCUCAACGGCGGAAGACCUUUUUAUGAUCCUGUUGUUGUGGAACUCCUCGUUUCGACCUUGAUGACCAUGCCGUGGUCUCUUUUCAUCAUUUACUCCAUACAUACGCGCUAUGAGAACAAAUACGUCUCGACUUUCCUUUCGGAGAUCAUCGGGCUGGCGAUAUUGUGGCUCUUCUGGAUAGCAGGGGCAGCGGUGGCAACGAACAUUUGGGGAGAUUUGACAUUCUGCCAACAGUUUGCAGCUUGCCAAAUCCUGUCUGCGCUUCUCGCUUUCGCUUGGCUCGGAUGGAUUAUUCUUACCGCGCUGCUUGGAAUUGCGCUCCUAUUCGCCUUCGCGAACAGCGCUCUUACUGAGCCCCUUCAUGGACGAUGGAACCCUCGAGAAAGCCAGUACGUGGAUAACGUGAGCAGAGCCUAG